GGAGCGGGACGGGGCACGGCGGAGAGAGGUUAUCAGGAGCGUUUAACCAGGCUCACCUCCCAACUUGCCGUUUGCACUGGAGAGGCGUGUUGACAUGAAAAGUAAGGAAUUGUAUUAGCAAAUAUCGAUCGGCGCUGGGGCAGGCAGGCGUUGCACAAGUAGAGGCAUCUGCAGACAUUGUGGCAUGUUCUUUGGAGCUUUCAGCAAGACACUUGUGCUACCGUGAGGCUGGGAAGGCUGUCACUACUGCAGGAGGUAAAAUAAGAACAUGGCAUGAUGUCCUUUGGAAAAGGAGCGAUGGCAGCCAUCAGGAAGAAGCUGGUGAUUGUGGGAGACGGUGCCUGUGGAAAGACGUGUCUGCUGAUUGUGUUCAGCAAAGAUCAGUUCCCUGAGGUCUACGUGCCCACCGUGUUUGAGAACUACAUUGCUGACAUAGAGGUGGAUGGGAAGCAGGUUGAGCUGGCCCUGUGGGACACAGCAGGACAGGAGGACUAUGACAGGCUGCGGCCGCUCUCGUACCCGGACACGGACGUGAUCCUCAUGUGCUUUUCCAUCGACAGCCCAGAUAGCCUCGAGAACAUCCCUGAGAAGUGGACGCCGGAGGUGAAGCACUUCUGCCCCAGUGUGCCCAUCAUCCUGGUGGGGAACAAGAAGGACCUGCGGAACGACGAGCACACGCGGCGGGAGCUGGCCAAGAUGAAGCAGGAGCCGGUGAAGCCAGAGGAGGGGAGGGACAUGGCCAACAGGAUCAAUGCCUUUGGCUACCUCGAGUGCUCGGCCAAGACGAAGGAGGGGGUGCGGGAGGUGUUCGAGAUGGCCACGCGGGCUGGCCUGCAGGUGCGCAAGAACAAGAAGCGCAGGGGCUGCCCGCUGCUGUGAGCGGCCCCGGCCCUG